GUGGUUGUGUCUUCUAUGAGGCAAGAUGAAGAAGGCAAGUAAAGAGAAAGCCUCAUCUUCCAAAGAGAAAGUCCUGUCUUCCAAAGAAAAAAUCUCAACCAGCAAAAUGAAACUCUCCAAUUCCCAAGAGAAAUCUUAUGCUUCUAGAGAGAAAGUUUCUAUUUCCAGAGAGAAGGCCUCCAUUUCCAAAGAGAGAGCCUUCAUUCCCAAAGAAAGAGGUUCCAUUUCUAAAGAGAAGAAUUCCUUUUCCAGAUCUAUGUCUGCUGAACGAUCAUCACUGCCUGGCUCAUCUUUUCAGAUUAUGACUUCAAGCAACAAAAACCUUCAUUCUCAACAGUCAGAAUUGCCAGCAGUCAGUGGAUAUGACAUGUCUAUGGUUGAAGAAAAUGUACAAGAAGAUGAAGUGGAAGAGAUGCUUAAUCCUACUGCUCAAAAAGUAUCUGAAGUAAUUAUAUCAGAUGAGCCUGAAUUUAAGACAUUAGAGGAAAUGGUUUUGGACAUAGAAGGACCUUCAAAGAUGGCAGAAAGCAUGUUUCCAUGGAAGGACAAUUUCUUUGAAAAAAUUGAAGCAAGAUCCAUUGCUAUGCAGGAAAAUGUAAUCAAUAAGUUUCUCCAGCAAAAGGAAGUAGAGAAAAAGAUGGAUAAAAAGUUUCCUUUGGAUAACUUGGCCUAUGAAUGGUUAAAUGAUAACAAAAUGACAUUGGAUACGCAGGCAUAUUUACUUGAGAAACUGUUGCCCACCCUGAUGCCAGGGGUUGAAAAAUUAUUAAUGGAAGUAGAAAAGAGGAAGAUUUUGCAAUCUAAAAAGAAAAUAAAAUUUGAUCCAAUUAAUUAUUUGGGGGAAUACCUGAUGAGAAACAAUCCCAAUUACCAAAAAGACUUACCAGAAACUGGUUAUUUGAAAGCAAUGAAAGAUGUCACAAAAGAAAUGAAAACCCAAAUUCCUGAAACUCCCUUCUAUAGAAUAUCCAAGAUGAAGAGUGAUGUCAAAGAAAAACAAGACCAAAGAGAAAAUAUCAAAAAAAUCAAGUCCCAGGUGGGCAAGAUGCGGAAGGAAGCUCUGGGGAUGCAGUUCAAAGAAUGGCCUCUGGAUGCUGAUGGAAAGAUUCCACUUCCUGUGAUACAGAAUGCUGUCCAAGCGUUUCAGGACACCGAGGCAGGACAGAAAAUUGAAGAACUUUAUCAUCCAAUGGAAUUUGUAGGAUCAAUGAAAGAUAAGACAGAUGAAGAAGGUUUUGUAAAGGAGAUCUUUCCUGUUGUCAAGGACUUAUCAAGUGAAAUGUUUGCGGACUUCUUGAAGCACUUCUGCCAGAGUGCAGAUGACCUCUUGGAAAUAGUGAAACGUGACAUGUUAAGACAAAAGUUUUUACAACUCUUCUUGGCCUGUGACAAAGCAAAGAUGGGGUUCCUGGACCGGGAGAGGAUACUGACCUUGCUGGAAAACUUCUAUGACAAAAGCCCAAGGAUAGUUAAGAGGCUAUUUCGUAACCCAAGAUAUUGGCCAUUCAUUGAAUUUCGAGACAUAGAACCGGCUGAGUUCUGGGGAAACUUGGAUGAUGAGAGGAACCCUUUUCAGGCAUUGGAACACAUAUCUUCAGGAGAGAUGAAGAAACACCUUCUGGACUUUGAGAAGCUGUUGUCCCAGCAUGACACAGAAGAGGAUGAAGAAGAAGAGCCUAAAAAGAUUAGGCCUACCACAGAAAAGGCCCAUAGAGAUGACUUAAAGCCACAAGAAACAGUAAGUUAUGAAAAAAUCCAUGGCAAGCUAAGUUUAGCAAAGGAGGAGUUGUCUCCAGAAUCUCAGAAAAGACGAAGUCAAGAAAUAGAGAAAAGAACAUCCAGAGAGGAAGAAAGAGCUAGAAAGUCAAGAGCCUCCUUAAAAGAGAAGAGAGAUUCUAAGGUACCAAGAAAGGAGAGUGAAUCGGUCUCAGAAGGGAAGAGAUCAAGCACAGCACUGCCACAGGAUGGGGAAAAGCAAGAGGCUGCAAAGAUGUCCCAAGAUGCAUCUGCAGUAGAGCAGGGACAAGCCCCCAUAGAGAAGAAAGCAUCUCUACAAAUCAAAGAAUCCCGUUCCCUGGGAAAAAGCCCCAUGCUCCAAGAGGAAAGCAGCCAAGGGCAGUUGACAGAUCUUGCAGAGCACAAGGAAGUUAAAGGGCAGCCCAAGGUUUCCAAAUCAGCCUCAAAAGAAAGUCCCCCAGAAACUGAAGACAAAGACAAAGUCUGUGAGCCCAAGAGCCAGCUAAUAGAAGGGAAGCCAUGGUCAGGUGAACUCUUAACGUCUGAUCUGGCCAGGGACUAUAUGAAAUAUGGAGAAAACAAAGAAGCUUAUUUAGUCUCUGAGGACCCCAGGUUUGCAGAGCUGCGUCCAAUAAUCCUCAGAAUUCUGAGCCAUCAAGAGCCAAAUAUAAGGAGCCCGUUUACCCAGAACUACCUCACAGUGACGCAGUUUAUUCAGCUCAUGGAGACAUUUGUGGGGGAAGGUAUCUCUACUGGGAUUAUGAAGAAGUUCAUCAACUUUAUAAAGAAGAAUUACGUGGAAACACAGGAAGAAAAAAUGAACCAGCUGGAGAAGAUUCAGCAAGAGAUCUUGGAAUUGCGAAGGAAGAUACUCCUAGAAGCUCUUUUUCAGAAAUGGGAUAAUGAAGGCUCUGGCUUUGUGGACCUGCGUGAGGUUGAUAAACUUCUCUUUACUUAUAAGGAAGGCAUGGAGAAGGCAUCAAUGCAAAAAGCCAAACUGCACAUAAAACUGCCUGCGCCCCACCCUGGCAACGAGAUCAGGUUGAACGUGGACCAGUUUACAAAUUACAUCGAGCUGGUCGUGGCCGAGCUCACCGGCAACGAAAGCGAAGUCUUGGACAACAUGGUGGAGUUUCUGAUGACGAGCUUGCCAAGGAAGCACUUAGAGCAGCUGCGGAGCCGGGCCCGGCGGAAGUGGCUGCGGGAGAUCCGGCAGGCGGCCGAAACCAGCGGCGUCUACCUGGAGCCCGUCUACGCCGCUGUCUUCAAGGCCCUGACGGAGGAUGCUGAAGCCCAUGGCAACAAGAGGAUCAGCGCCUAUAUUUCCCUCUUGGAAGAAAACAAAAUCAUUCCCGAGAGGGGGAACUACCUCCUGAGGAUUGUAGCCUGCACCAUAGACGAUGCUCCAUUUGUCCUGAAGCAAGUGCUUUAUAGGGACAUGAAAGGCAUCAGUUUUACAGUUGUGGAUCAAGGGGUGCCAAUCUAUGUCCCACAAGUUGAGAAUCAUGGAAACAUCCAUUUCUGGAACACUUCUCGUAAACCAAAGGAUCGUAAAGGGUCGUUCCUGGCUCUCCCUCUUGAGGAUGCUUAUAAAAGAAGCUUUGGGGUCCUGGCAGUAGACACCCUACGGGAUAGCUCCAGAAGAAGCAUCUUUGUAGCUCAUGAGAUCAGCUACUAUCAGGGUGUGGCCAACGUAUUUAGUAUUGCCUACCACUACGUUCACAGCCGAGAACACAUCUUGCAUGUGAUAGCAACCGCUGCUGGCUGGCUCCACAUUGUAGCAUCCAGCAUCAAGAGCAUUACCACCUUUCUAAUGGAGCCAGGGCUAGAGAAGGAUUCAGAUUACGUUCUACGAAAAGUUAUGUACUUGGACAAUAAAAGACAGAUGGAAAUCUUCUCCUCUCCCGCCAUCCUCCACAGAAAGGAGAAUAUGUUCAGAGACUAUAUCUUUAGAAGCGUCGAUACCUCUCAGGUUAUCUUCACCCACGCCCUUGGGAUGUUUCACAUAGUUGUUCCAAUCCGAGACAGAAAGGGCCUAGCACUGGGGGUGCUUGAUUUCACCAUUUCCCCGAAGAAAAUGUUGUCGAUUCAGGAGUACAAAGAUCUCCAGAAAAUGCUGAAGAUACUCCAAGAAGCCUGCAAUGAAAUACUAGGAGAAUGCUCGGGAGAAAUCAAGAAAAAAUAUUUCCUAGAGUUGGAACACAAAGGAGAAGUACAAAGGGUAGGAAUUCUCUUCUUCCGCAUCAUGCUGAAAGACGUCCAAGGGAGAAUCCGGGAGCUCGAUCCUCAGGCCUUCAAAGAACUGCAGCUUUAUUAUGAUGAAUCUUUGUCUGUGGCAUCUGAGUCCCCAGCCAUUGAACAGGAUCAUGAGGAUGAUCACGAGACUCUUUCCUUGAUCUAUGAGGAUGAUCACCAGGCUCCUCCCUUGAUCCAUGAGGAUCAGCACCAGGCUCCGUCCUUGAUCCAUGAGGAUCAGCAUCAGGCUCCUCCCUUGAUCCAUAAGGAUUAUCAGCAGGUUCCUACCUUGAUCCAUGACAUCGUAAAAGCAAUAGUGUUGAUGGUUAAUUCGGAAUGGGAGGAUAUAGAGACUGUUGAGGACUGGGAUUGGUGUAAAAAGCACAUUACCAGUGAAUGGAUUGCACAGCUUUGCACCUUUGAUCCUACUGCAGAUGAUGUCAAUGUUGAUAUAACGUUCAUUUCUAAAUGUAUCAAAGGACAUUCCCGAAAAGCUGUGUGGAUGCAGGAAUCUGUUGCCAUUGAAUACUUAUACCACUGGGCACUCACCUGUCUGUGUCUGAUGGAGCUAAAGCAGAAACUUGAGAACAAAUAUGCUCCUCCUCUGCCCUCCGGAGAGCUGUCCCUCCACAGACUACAGAUCGAUUUUUAAAAGACCAUCCUUGAUGGGGAUGGUAGAGGGGUCUUGAUUUUCUGGGUUAGUUAUUAAGAUAUUUUCCUUUAGAAAGAAGUGCUUCCAGAUAAAUGCCUUAAGCCACAUCAGAAGUUAUAAACCAGAUGUCUCCGAUGCCUGCCCUUUCCGACUCCCAGAAGCUAUCAGCGUUGAUAGCUGGGUGGUGUUUAUUUCAUUUUUGUCAUGGGAAUGUAGGCUGAAAGGGAAACAUAAGGCUGUGAAAAGUCUAUGACUAAAACAGAAUUCCAUAUUGCCUGUUAAACGAACCAGAGCGGGGGUUACUUUUGAUUUCAAUCAACUUCCAGUUUUUCUGAUUCAUGGCCCCUUCGCCAUUGAAAAGUCAUCUGAACCAGACAGCCUUGUAGAAAGAGCAUCUUCGUCUCUUACUCAUGGGAAAAAGCCAACACCCUUGUUUGUGUGGAGGGCCCUGCCAAGCUCAAGCAUGGCAGAAAGACUUUUACUUCUUCAAAGCUUGUGAUUACAACAAACUUUACUGCUUGGCGGCGAGAUUCCAUCUUUGUAAUAAUGUAUCUGAUGGCAGAAUCCAUUUUUUAAUAAAAUUUUGGGAAAUUAAAA